CAUCUCUCUACCUCUCUCAUUUUUUGUUAUCCCACUACAUGCCCUGCGUGCUCCUGAACUCAGACAAUCCAGUGACAACACUCAACUCCAGCAACAGUACACUUACCGUAGGAUGUCUAUCACUUCACCCUCUUCUCACCAUCUUGGAGACGAAAAUAUUGCCGAGGAACGCCGCCUGCGCGCACUGAUGGUGCAACAUCCGCCUCAAAUACCGUACUAUGGCGUGUAUGUGCGUCAAGCUAGUGGCCAAGCUGGAGCCCAUGAGGCACUGGGAACCAAGCGGCAUUAUCGACCCAAUCUACGAGGGCAAACGUCGUCAGCGGGCUAUAUCCAAAAAGUGAAGGCCAUACGAGCAAAGGUCCAAAAGGGGCUGGACAGCGUUUCUGAUCAGCAUACCGCUUUGAACGAUCAAAUCCAGGAGCUGAAAGGGGAGCUAGAAAAUGAUUUCAGCGAUCUAGACCGGUUGGUGGCCUCUCUGACCGUGCACUGGGUCCGUAUCGAGAACGAUAUUGCUAGGGAGUAUGGUUAUGAACAAGCAGAUGAUGACCAGUUGAAGAUUCUCAGCUUAGCAUAUACAGACGCAGAGGAGCAGUGGUAUCGCACACAUUUAGAGAUAUAG